ACACACCCACCUAGCGAACAAACCUAAGAUUCCCCCUCCCUCCCCUCGCCGGAGCGGCCGAUGAAGAGAGAGGGAACCGGUGGCGUCACCGGCGGCGCGCAAGGAACCCUCUCGCCUCCCUUGAUCGCCUGGAGCGAUCCUACUUUUCCGGGGCGGUUUAUGUCGUGCCGCGAUACGCGACGGUGCUGAGACGUGCCCCGUGACGCACUGGGGCACUCCUGCUCAGGGUCGGCUGGGUCACCCUUCUUCUUUAGCAAGAAAGAAGAAAGCAAACAGUCCCCGGCCGCCGCACCUGAAAGCCCUCACAAAGGCUCGUUGAAAUAAUUGGCGAAAAUACACAUCUUUUUCUGCAGCGAGCUGGUUUUGGAGAAGGAGGGUAGGAUCCAGACGUCAAGCAGGAGAUGGCGGUCAAGAAGCCGGAGCCGCAGGUGCUAGUGCCGGCCGUCUUCGACUUCCCUCCCUUGGCCGCCCGCACCAGGAUGCUGGUGCCGGCAUAUGAGCUCAUGUUCGGGAAGCUCGCGCGACGCAACCUCUGGGGGCGUGGAUGCGCAGAUUGUGUUGAAGCAGCUGGGAGAUUCUCAUGCUGAUCUCACUGCCACCAUGUCUACAAAUGGGGGGGGGGGGGGGGGGGAAGCUCACUUUCGAUGGCAGAGGGAUUUGAAAGAUCCCAAUACAUUUGUGGACUUUCUUGUGUCAACUUCAAAGCCCACAAUGCGGCUCUCUUCAAGCAUUUACUAUCCGAAGUAUCGUUUUGGCGCCUUUGGGACAUUAUUCCCUUUGAAUAUGGCAAACAGGGCAUGCCCAGAAGAUUAUGGUGUCAUGGGUUUAAGAUAUGGUUCAAAGAAUCUAUCGUUCGCCUGGUGAGGUACCCUAUGGUGCAUGGUUGGUUGGGAGAAAAGGGAAUUUAAGUGCAGGCGUACAAUACAAACCAAUAGGUGGAAGCAAGCAUCCUAUGCCUUUUACAGACUUGAAGAACUGGAAUUGUGCAAUCGGUUAUGGUGUAGGCUCAAGUAGCCCACUCAGCCCUUCAUUUAAUUUUGCACUAGAGCUUGUUAGAAGUUCGCAGCUGGUUGCAUCGUUCUAUCAACACCAUAUUUCUGCAAAGGUACUAGAUUAUCGGGGUGGAGAUGAAACUUUGAACUACAUUGAUCUUGGACUUGAGCUAGCCACAAGGGUGGAUAAAGACAAACCAACAGAUGAUGCUGGCAAUUCAUCGUUUCAGGGAAAGUUAGGCCCUUCGAAAUCUUCUGCAGCAUUGGCGUAUAAGUUUCCACCCUUCUUUACAUGUAGUAUCACAGACAUGUCGGGGUGUUCUUUGAAGAUUUCAUCCGCUUUCUCAACAAUGUUUCCUAUUUGCAGUUGAAAAUGAUCAUUCGAAAGAUACCAAACACUUAAUCGAGAGUGUACGGUCUUGAAACAACAUGAGAUAGACGUUGAUGGAAAGGAGCGCGUCCUCGAGUUUGACUUUGGUCCAGGCAACUAUGACAAUUUACCAACGGAGUUGAAACCUAUUGACAAAGUAUUGUAAUUGUAGGUUGUUACACUUAGUGUCUCAUCAUGGAGUCGGGAAGCCCCAUAAAACUAUCAGUUAUUAUGGGUAUUAGAUUAGUUGAUCAACUGCUUUGAUAAGGACAAAUCAUGUGUCUGUCAUUCAAGCGUGAAAUACAAUGGUACUGUAUGCAGUUAUCUGUCAAAUGUUCAAGAGAUAGAUCUUCAACUGUCA